AUGAGCAAUGCGUUCUGCGUAGCAUGGCGCGUUCCAUGCUCGGGGCUUCGGUCCUCGAGCUUGCUCCCAUCAAAUCCCACCUCCCUCCGGUUAUUCGGGUGCAUUUCUCCCUCUCCUGCGGUGCCGGUGAAUGUAGCCAGGCGGCCCGCUAGCACUCUGAGGCCCUUGCCCGGUAUCACCCAUCCCACGUCGCCGCGCGGGUCAAUUCGAUCGCCAUUCCCGUUCUCCUUCGCUCGAUCGUUCGCAAAUUCAGGCUCUCGUUACGCCCAAUCAGGUCCCCCGGUGGAAAAUGGUAUUCAGCCCCGUGCUAAGCCAUUUUCGCAGGCUGAAAUCAAUGCAAUUUUCGGACCCAGUGCGAGAGUGUCCCACUCCAUGGGAAACCGUGUGCUUGCUGUGCUGCACGGCAGACGUCUCAAUGGCACUCCGGAGUUAGACCUUCCUAGGGACAUUAUCUUGGCCGUCCGCGGACCCAGCCGCGAUAAAGCGUUGGAGUGGCUUCGCGAACACUAUCCACUCGACGAGGACGCUGCAAUUCUUGCACGGUUUGAAAGAGAGGAGCGUGAGGCGGAAGAAAGGCUCAUUCGCCGUGCUGAAAACCUGGGCCUCUACAAACCCCAGAGUGGUUCAUUUGGCGCUGAACUCGGAGAGUCAAACGACCCAUCUGGCCGCAGUAUUCUGCAAGAGACCCGGCAGCGCAACGAAGCGAGGAUAUUGGCAGAGGAAGAAAAGCGACGUCAAGAAUGGCUCGAGGGCGAGGCACAGGAUCGUGAGAAGAUGCAGCGCAUGGUGGAACGCAACACGGCGCUUCAAAAAUAUGAAGAGUCAAGUGCACUGGAAGCCCGACCGCGCGCAGACCCUUCUCAGCGUCCUUUCCUCGCAUGGAUUCAAAAGCAUCACCUUCAAGCAACAGACUGGGAUAUUGAUAUCUCCCAUGUAACCACCAGGAGCCGGUUGCUUCCUGGGUUGGUCUUCACCGUCAUUGCCCUCGGUCUUUGCUAUGUCUUCGCACAGAAUUACGAACCUCCAGCCAAAGCAGACCGGAUUUGGCCUACGGUGCCUCCGGCGGCAGCUACGGCACUGGCUAUUGUUGGCGCUAAUUUCGGCAUAUUCGCCUUGUGGAAAGUAUGCCCCCCGGCGUGGAGGAUGCUCAAUCGCUAUUUCAUCACUGUCGCUGCCUACCCUCGUACAGCUAGCUUGGUUGGGAAUGUCUUUAGCCAUCAGUCGUUUUUACAUCUCGCAGGAAACAUGUUCGUCGUUUGGUGGGUGGGGACACAACUCCAUGAUGAAAUCGGCCGAGGAAACUUUCUGGCCAUAUAUCUUGCGUCCGGCAUCUUUGGUUCCUUCGCCUCUUUAACCGUCAAUGUACUCCGGGGCAGGUUAGCGGUGACCUCGCUUGGAGCUAGCUCAGCAAUCUCUGGCUGCCUUGGCUCUUGGUGCACACUUCACGCCGACGAUAAAUUCACAUUUUUCUUUGUCCCCAAAGAAUGGCAGGAGACUUGCAGUAUACAGGGGAAGGUGUUCCUUACGGGGCUGGUCCUUCUCGAGCUUGUCAACCUACGGUUCUCGGCCAUCGGAGGCCAAAUCGAUAACUGGGCUCACUUGGGUGGGCUUCUCAUAGGAACUCUCUCGGCCUUGGCACAUAAACGUCAGGAAAAGGAGCGCCUGGAAAACACGUCCUGGUUUGAUCGGAUGUUUCGGGGCGAAUCAAAAUAG